AUGGAACCAGGCCAAUUGUCACCUCAAAAGGAGCAGGAAAUUGCGCUGAAGAUCCUGGAGAGAGCAGAGCUUGCUCAGAUGACUCGCCAGCUCAAGAUGGGUCUUGGAAAAGUGACGACGCCAAAGAAGAGUUUACGCGCGUCACCGGUGAAACUGGGGGUUUCAAAAGCUACAAUGGACGGUGCUCGAGUGUCACCAUUGAAACGUAGACGCUCGUUUGGAAAUACACUCCGUGGAGCAGUGGGAGACCUGGGAGACGGGAUAACGGAGCGUGCAAAGAGUCCCACAAAACGCGUCGCUGCUACACCUCCUGGAAGUCCCGUGGGCAACGCAAGACGGCCCAGCAUCGAACUGACGGCGCCACAAACUCCACGAGCACGCUCGUCGGGAUCAGCAAACGGUGCAGGCACCGGAACGGGUUCUGAGGACCACGAAUUGGGCGCAGACUUGCUGAUGUAUCUGGCGACCAGUCCCUAUACGUCUUCUUCGUCUAAACCGGGCUCGAAUACACAUCUGCAGGCUCCACAAACACCUUCUGCACGAAUCCCCACGACGCCAUCAGCGUCCCAGACGCAUUUAAGAACUCAAGGAGCAGCUGCUUCGCCGCAUUCCACGUUUAAAGUGCCGGGUCUGGCUGCCGCACACCACACCACCCCGUCCCAUUCAGCGUCCAACUCGCAGUUUUCAGAUAUCAUGGAGUCGCCCCAAAUAUCGCUCUAUAUGCCUUCGUCAACGCCGCGUAAACGUCGUGGUUCUACGGUCAAGACAGGCAUGGGUUCCAGUGCCCAAAACCUUGCUGUUCCUGGAACACCGAACUUCAACAUGGGUGACUACGUCCACAAUCUAUUUAGUCCAUCACCGCGUGUUACGAGCGGGUCUCUCAGAGACUCCAAGAAGGAAUAG